GUCACUGGCGGCAGGAGGUCCGACCUCAGUGGGCCCGGUAGUUCCUGCAGCCCAGCCGAGGCCUCAGUGGGGGCCCGGGCCUAGAGUGGGGCCCGGGCCCGUUCCCGGUGUCGCCAUCCCGGGGUGACCGGGGCCGGUGCUCGCUGGGGCCUAGCUGUGUGGGUCAGUGGGGCUGAGCUUCCCUCCGCUGGCCGUGGGGCUCGAUAGAGGAGCUGCCGCCAUUUGACGGCCCCACAGCGGGAGCCGGAUUAGUGCGCUGCCGGAGAAAGGCCUGACGGCUGCCACCUGCCAAGGGCUGCGCCUCGUCCACACGACGCCCUGGGCCCAGCUUGUCCUCGCCUCCCCAUCAGGUCCGGGCGGUGACCUGGCAGCCUCGCCAAGAUGCCUCUUCACGGUGCGAGAGCCGCGGCUCUCCUCGCUUGGGUGAACAGCACAAAAGUUUCUACUGAUCCCCUCAAUGAUCUGUCACAGCUCCAGGACUGUAACGUCUUCAUCAGGAUCAUCAACAAAAUCCACAGGAGUGAGGAGGGGGAGUCUGUGCUGGAGCAGCCGCUGCCGGAGAGGAUCUCCUUCAUCCGUGGCUUCCUGCAGAAGCACUGCAAGCACAAAUCGGCCGCGGAGAACCUGGUGUCGGCACAGGAACUCCUGGGGGGAGAGGAGCUGGCGUUGGCCAAGGUGGCCGUGCUGCUCCUGUAUCACACCUCCAUGAGCUGCAAGAGCCCCAGGGACUGGAAUGAGUUUGACUACAAGACCCAGGUUGAGCUGGCAUCGAUCCUCACAUUUGUGCUGGACAAUGAGGAGAGCCUGAACGAGAAUCUGGAGACGUUUCUGCAGAGGAAAGCACCGCUGCCCUCGUCCAGCAGCAGCUCCGAGGAGCACUCCCCGCUGCUCUCCCUCCCGCACAAGCGAGAGGUGCGUUUCCUGGAGCUGAAGAAGAUUGCCUCCUCCUCCGGCGCCAACAACAUGCUGCCCGGCCCUCCGUCCUCGCCCAUGGGGGACGUCAUGCAGACCCCCCAGUUUCAGCUGCGACGGCUGAAGAAGCAGCUGGCUGUUGAGAGAGAGAACCGGGAUGAGCUGGAGGUGGAGCUGGCAGAGAAUCGCAAGCUCAUCACAGAGAAGGAGGCUCAGAUCACCAUGAUGCAGCAGCGGAUUGACCGCUUGGCCCUGCUCAACGAGAAGCAAGCUGCAGACCAGCAGGAGCCCAAGGAAAUGGAGGAGCUGAGGGAGAAGAACGAGAGCCUGCUGGUGCGCUUGCACGAGGCCCUCAGGCAGUGCCAGGACCUGAAGACUGAAAAAGGCCAGAUGGACCGAAAAAUCAACCAGCUCUCCGAGGAGAAUGGGGAUCUUUCCUUCAAGCUGCGGGAGAUCGCCAGCCACUUGGUCCAGCUGCAGGAAGCCCUGAACGAACUCUCGGAAGAGCACAAUGCGGCCCUGGCGCAGUCGCAGGAGAAGCAGGGGCAGCUGGAGAGCGAGCUGCGUGCUGCCCUGCAGGAGAAGAAAUGCUCGGAAGAGAAGAUUGAGAUUCUGCAGGGGAAGAUUUCCCUGCUGGAGGACCAGCUGGCCAAGCUGGGGGACUGCGGUGCCCAGCAGAAGGGAGAGGUCCUGGGGGAUGUCCUGAAGCUGGAAGAGCUGAAGCAAGAGGUGUCCAGCCUCGCCGCUAAAGGGGCCGAGCUCCAGGCCACCGUCCUGCGGCUGGAGGAGGAGAAGCAGCAGCGGGAGGCAGCCCUGCAGUCCGAACGUGGCCGCUUCGAGGAGGAGAAGCAGCAGCUGGGCGGCCUCGUCGCCAGCCUCCAGAGCUCCCUCUCCGAGAGCCACCGGGCCAGGGAGGUGCUGGAGCAGGACCUGCAAGGCCGGGAGGCCGAGGCCGGGCGGCUGGCUGCCCUCGACGCCCAGCACGAGAAGACCCUGCGGGAGAGAGACUCUGCCCUGCAGCAGCUCCAGCACCUGCAGGAGGCCAACGCGUCCCUCAGCAGCCAGCUGCAGGCCAUGGCGCAGGCCCAGGAUGCCAGCCAGGCUGCCUCGGCGGCGGAGAAGGCUGAGCUGAGCCGCAAGGUUGGUGAGUUGGAAGCCAGGAUCCUGGAGCUCGGCGCCCAGCGGCAGCAGGGAGCGGCGGAGGGGCUGAAAGCCCAGCUGCGGGAGCUGGAGGGCAGGCUGAAGGAGAGCCAGCAGCGGCUGGCCGAGAGGGAGAGGCUGGCCCGGGAGAACACCCGCCUGCAGGAGCGGCUGCUCUUCCUGGAGGAAUCCCUGCGGAACACCGAGGGCAUCCUGGAGGACGAGAAGAGGCGGGCGGCCGAGAGCCUGGAGGGCAGCCUGGCCAGGAUUGCCGAGCUGGAGGCGGAGAGGCAGCAGCUGGUGCAGGGCCAGGAGCCGGCUCCGCAGGAUGGAGGGCGCGGGCAGCUGGAGGAGGAGAUGCAGGCGCUGAGCCGGGAGCAUGGCCGGGUCUGCCAGCAGCUACAGGCCGAGCAGGAGAAGGCGGCCGCGUUGGAGGCCCGGGCAGAGCGCCUGGCUACCGAGCACCAGGAGAGGCUGGCUGCCCUCCAGGCCGAUCUGUCCAGCGCCCAGGCACGGGCAAAGGAGAAAGAGGGUGAAGAGCAGAAGCUGAGGGCCGAGGUCUCCUCCCUGCGGGAGAAGAUGGCCAUCACGGAGCAAACUGCAGCCCAGCGCACGGCCGGGCUUGAGGCAGAUGCCUGCAGAGCCACCGAGGCGCUGGAGGGGGUCUCCCAGCAGCUCUCCCAGGAAAAGGCCAAAUCCAAGGAGCUGGAAGCUGCCGUAGAGCGGCUGCGGAGUGCGGAGGCUGAGCUGGCCCAGGCGGCCACCGCCAGCAGGCAGCGGGAGCUGGAGCUGGAUGGGGAGGUGAAGAAGCUGUCUGGGGAGGUGACCCUGCUGGGCAGCAGGCUGGAGGAGACGCUGCGGGAGCACCGGCGGGACCUGGCGUGCCGGGAGGAGGAAGCCGAACGCUUGCGACAGGAGGUGGAACGGGGCAAAGCGGAUUGCGCCGCCGAGCGAGCCCGCAAGGCAGAGCUGGAGGCCCAGCUGCAAAACUCCCUCAACGAGCAGAGGGUGGAGAGGUCGGUGCACCGGGAGGAGCUGGCCCGGGCCCGGGAGCUGAUGGAGGAGAGGGAAGGGCAGCUGGAGGAGCUCCGUCAGAAAAACCUCUCACAGGGCGAGGAGCUGAGGGACCUGCAGAAGACGGUCAGCAAGCUGAAAGGAGAGCUCGCCUCGGCAGAAGCAGCCAAGGAGCAGCUACCCAAGGUGGACAACGAGCUGCAGGGCUUCUCGGAGGCCACCCGGAGCAGGGACGUGGAGGGACACAGCGUCAAGGCCACCUGCUCAAAGGAGAUGUCCCUCAAAAGCUUGGAGGAAAAGACCCGUCACAGGGAGCAGGAGGCCGGCUCGAGCCAAGACCUUUACCAGGAGAAGCUGAAGGAGAUCCAGGCGCUUCAUUUGCAAGUGGAGGAGCUGGAGCAGAAGUGCAGGGAGCAGCAGGAGACUAUGGCCACCCUGGAGCGAGCGGCGGCCGAGGCGGCCACAGCGGAACAAGCGGAACUGGAGGCCUCAAGGAGGGAAGCGGCCCAGCAGAAGGAGAAGGCGUCAGAGCUGCAGAAGAUGCUGGAGGCCUCGAGGUCGGUGCAGGCUCUGCAUGAUGGCACCGUGGAGGCCCUGCGGAAGGAGCUGCAGGAGAAGGGCAGGGAGCUGACGCAGAGCAAAACCGCCGUCGCCGCCGCCGAGAAGGAGCUGGCGUCCCUCCGCUCCGUCGUGCAGGAGAAGGGCCGGUCGGAGGAGGGCUGGAAAGACCAAGUGUCCCAGUGCGUUCAGGAGAUGGAGAGGAAGAACAGCCUGAUCGACAGCCUGGAGCACGAGGUCUCCAUCCUCCAUCGGCAAGUGACGGAGAAGGAGGGGGAGAGCAAGGAGCUGAAGCGCCUGAUCGUCGCCGAGUCGGAGAAGAGCAAGAAGCUGGAGGAGAGGCUGCGGGUGCUGCAGACGGAGAUGGCCACCGCCGCCUCCCGGGCGGCCGAGAGGUGCUCGCUCAUGAAGGUGGAGGUGCAGCGGUGCCAGGAGGAGAUGGAGAAGCAGCGCUUGGCCAUCGAGGCCCUGAAGAGGGACCGCCACUGCCAGAGUGAGCGGGAGGACGAGCUGCGCCAGGAGGUGAAGGUCUGCCAGGACAAAUGCCUCCAGAAGGAGCAGCUCCUCGCCGCCCUGCAGCAGGAGCUCGGCAGCGCCCAGGCGCUCGCCGGGGAGCUGCCGGCGCUGAAGCACCUUUGCCAGCAGCUGCAGGCUGAGCGCUCCUCCCUGGAGAGCCAGCACCGCCAGGACAUGGAGCAGAGGGCGAAAGCUUUGGCCGCUCUGCAAGCGGAGCUGGCACGGGCCAAGCUGGAGGCAUCCGAGGUGUCAUCCCUGCGGGAGCGGUCGGCGGAGCAGGACCGGGCCGUCCAGCGGCUGCAGGCGGAGGCGGCGGAGGCGGCGGCACGGCUGGCGGGGCUGCAGCAGGCCAACGCUCGGCUGGCCGAGGAGAACCGGGGACUCGGCGAGAGCCGGAGCCGCGGGCAGCAGCGGCUGGAGGCAGAGCUGGGGCAGGCCAGGGAGCGGCACGCGCGGGAGCUGGAGCGGCUGCGGUCGGCGUCGGAGGAGCUGGUGGCCAACAGCCAGCAGGAGGCCGAGGAGGCGGCGCGGAAGCUGGAGGCGGUGAGCAAGGAGUAUGAGAGCAGCAAGGCGGCGGCGCGGGAGGAGAAGAGGAAGCUGCUGGAGGAGAGGCAGAGGCUGACGGCUCAGGUGGAGCAGCUAGAGGUGUUUCGGAAGGAACAAGCUAAGCAGGUGGAGGAGCUGAAUAAAAAGCUGACCCAGCAUGAGAAGGCCACCCGCUCCCAGCAGCAGAGGGUUAAGGUGCUGGAAGGGGAGCUGCAGGCAGAGGCCACCCGCCAGCAGGAGAAGGUGGCAGAGCUGCAGGCGCAGCUCGCCCAGAAGGAGCAGGCGGCCGAGCACUACAAAGGCCAGAUGGAGAAGGCAAAAACUCAUUACGACGCAAAGAAGCAGCAGAACCAGGACCUGGCGGAGAAGCUGAAGGCCAUGGAGCAUCUGCAGAAGGAGAACGCGGAGCUCCGGACCGAGUCGGAGAGGUUGGCCAAGGAGCUGCAGCAGAGCGUCCUGCAGGCCAAGGAGUCGGAGCUGAGCUGCAGGAACCUCACCAGCCAGGUCCGCAGCCUGGAGGCUCAGGUGGAGUUUGCCAAUCAGCAGCUCCGGGAGCUUGGCAAGUUCCAGGUGACCACGGACACGCUGAAGGGCCGGGAGCCUUUCCGCCAGAACCCGGCCGAUCUCAGCACCGACAGCCUUGACCUCAGCCUCGAUGAAGCGCAGCCGCUCAACUCCACCAGGAAGGUUGGCCGCUCGCAGUCAGAGGCCUCGGCAUUGCCACCGGGCAGCGAAGAGUCGCUGGCGUCCCAGCGGCUGCCCCGCAAGGUGGAGUCCCUGGAGAGUCUCUACUUCACCCCCAUCCCCAGCCGCACGCGAUCCCGGCUGGAGACCAGCGCCGGAUCCUUGGGCGACCUCUCGCUCGACUCUGGCUGCAAGACCCGCUCAGCCCGGCGCCGCACCACCAUCAACAUCACCAUGACGAAAAAACAGGCCAAGACCGAGGAACCAGACAGCGCCGACGUCUCCUUCUGCAGCAUCCCGGCAGCUCAGCCCCCCAACGCUGCUCCUGGCAAGGCCCGGCUGCGCUCGGCUGCCUCCACCCGCUCCCUCGCCAGCUUCUCCUCCCAGGAGUCCCUCGUCAAGCUGGAAACCUCCUCCCCACAGGAGACCCCCGGCAAUUCGGCGCUGCUGGGCCUUCCCGGCUACCGGCCGGUCACUCGCAGCUCCCUGCGGCGCGGGCAGGGCGGCAGCAGCUCCAGCCUCGGCCGGAGCAGCAUCUACCUGGGUACGUGCCAGGAUGAGCCGGAGCAGUUGGAUGACUGGAAUCGCAUUGCGGAGCUGCAGCAGCGGAAUCGGGCCUGCCCGCCCCACCUGAAGACCUGCUACCCUCUGGAGAGCAGGCCCUCCAACUCCCUGGGGACCAUCACGGACGAGGAGAUGAAGACGGGCGACCCGAAGGAGACGCUGCGGCGUGCCAGCAUGCAGCCCUCGCAGAUCGCCGCCGGCAUGGCCACCCGGCGCAGCACUCUGGCCGGCACCAUCGCCACCCGGCAGCUACGCAAACGCCGGUCGGACGAGUCCCACCAGGGCCCCGACACCCCCGAGUCCAAGAAGCCAACCAGCUGCUUCCCGCGCCCCCAGACCCCCCGGGACCGCAGCGAGCGGCGCAGCUCCCAGCUCAGCCGGAGGAGUGAGCAGCAGCCCCCCAGCAAGCAGGCCGAGAGGCGCCAGUCGAUGGCCUUCAGCAUCCUCAACACCCCCAAGAAGCUGGGGAACAGCCUGCUGCGCCGGGCGGCUGGCCGCAAAACCACCCCCAAGAACUCCCCCCACGGCAGCGCCCGCCGCUCGCCCCGCAUCGCCACCGCCAAGUCCCCCAAGGGCAAGACUGGCCGCCGAUCGCUCAAGGACACAAAAUUCUGAGGGUCCCCCCUGCUGCCGGCUCUGCCCUGGCCCUAGCCUGCGCCCCCUCGCCUCUCCCUGCCCCCCCCCCGGGGUGCUGUAGGCACAUCCCCAAGGGUCCAGCAGCACUGGGGGGGGGGGCGGAAUAGAUGGGGCCACCUUCCCCAUGUGACACUGCCCUGCACCUCCCACCGUCACCCCUGAACAGGGCAGGGCCCCAGCAUCCUUCCUCCUGCCCCCGCCAUCGUCUCUCUCCUGCCCCCAGCCCGGGGUGGGGGGGGAUGCACGUAGAGAGGGGGCAGGAGAGGGUUAUUUCCCCCCGGCCCCGGGGCUGUCUGUGAGCUGGAAACACCCCUGGGUGCAGGGCAGUGCAGGGGGGGGUGGUGCAGGGGGGUGUUUGUGCUGCGGGGGUUAUGCCAGGCUGGGGCUGAGCCCUCCCUGGGGGGGGCUCCUGCAGCCCCAGGGACCCAGAGAGAGCGGGGCUGGAGUGUCCCCAGGGCCCCCAGCCUCCUCCCUGGGGUUGGGAGCCCCUGGGGACGGGGACAGCCAGGCUGGGCAGUGCCAGUCGCAGCAGCCAGCAGGACCCCAGCUCCCCCCCCACCUGCCGCUGCCAGGGGGUGUGUGUCGGGGUUGGGGGGGGGGGGAAGGUGGCAUUUUUAAAGUGUUUCUACUUGUAAAUAAAUUGUAUUUUUCUCCUGC